AUAGAAUCGAAUAAUACUAAAAUAAUACAUAUUGUAUGUAUUAUUCUAUGUUGAAAGCACUAUUGGAAAUUAGAUAACACGGUUUAGUGUUUUUAUUUUAGAGCAAUUCAAUUUCAACUGUUGUUAAGGUUGUGAAUACAAUAAUUAUACUGCCUUUGGCAAAUCAGUUGAUACCGGCGUUGGACACAAAAAAUGAGCCGUGUUUAUUCAAAGAGUGCCAGAUUCUUUCCGAAUGAAUGCUGCAUUUGCAGAUCGAGAGAGAAAUUAAUAAGAUGUGAAUGCAACAUGAUUUCCUAUUGUUCAGAGGAUCAUCGACAACAACACCAAUCAACACACAAGGAUUUUUGCAAAGUAGUAAAAGAAUUGUUGAAAAUAAAAAGAAUAACACACAUUCACGAAGAGCUUAUUUUUUUAAUUGGUUCUAAAUGGACUACAAAAAAAGAAGAAAUCCGAUAUGAAAUCAUCAAGAAACUGGGAAGAGGUUUAAGUCCACUGGAAACGGCAAUGUGGAAUCGGCCUCGAAUUUGUUUCGUUUGUCACGAAACAAAACAAGUGGAUUUAAAUAAUUGUCCACAUUGUCCAGUAGCGACUUUUUGCAAGAAACAUAAACAUGAUGAAAUUCAUGAUCAAAAUUGUAAAGUAAUGAGCACAUAUUUAAAUAUACUAACAACGGCCAAUGCAUUAAAUAUUGAUUUAGAUUUUCUGUCGUCUACUUUUCCAUUUGUUGGAGAGGGUUUAGUGUUUCGAGUAAUUGAUAAUCUUACGCAUACAUUUAAAUUAAAAGGAACGCAAAUAACGAGUUCCAAUUCUAAAUUAUCCAAAAGUAAUCUGAUACUUUUUACUGACAUUGCUUCUAAAAUUAAUAGUGCUUUAAAUACAAUACACGACACGAUUCCAGAAGAAUUGACAAUUCAUAUCGAUGCCCUUUCCUCUAAACAUGUAAUUACAAAAGAAAAUUAUUGGGAGUUUCUCUUGCAUCUCAAUCCGCAGAUAAGAAAGUUGAAAAUUGUCAUCAUUCAAACAGAAAAUCAGAACAAUUCCAAGAAGUCUCUUUGCAAAACUUGUCAUUCAGAGGGAAAAGAAUUGAUUAUUGAACAUUUGUCAAAAUCCUACGAAGACUAUAUUCUAGAUGGAAAUUAUCAAAAACCGGACCUUCUGUUUUACGUGAAAGUCGACGAUGAAAGUAAUUCCGAAAUAUUAAAAAAGUGCAGCGAAUUUAGUUGUCCCAUUGUGUUGCGAUUUGAAUCAAAUUCGAAUUUUUGUAAAACACAACAUUUUCUCUUGUGUAAAACAGCAAAGUUUGGAUUUAUUUACGAGGGACAAAUAAAAGCACCAUUCAGUACAUUAUCCUCUAUUGAAAACAAAGACUAUUUUAUAAUUUUUCAAUCGAAGGGAAACGAAGUACUUGAAAAAUCUUGUGAUACAGCUACUGGCGAAAUCACCGAGAAAAAUAUUGGUACAACUUCAACUGAAAUUCUUGUUGAUAGAAACAGAAACAAGGAACAAAAAGUCGUAGAUCGUGUGACAAUUUCUCCAUCGUCAUCAUCGAAACGUUCCUUUGCAACUAUUUCCGAAGCCGAAGAAGAGAAGAAUAAAAAAUCAAAAACAGAAAAUUGUAACAAUUGUUCAAAGUCUAUCGAUAAGGAAAAUUUUGAUCCAAAUGGCGACGAAGGAAAACUCGCCAAAGAUAAAGUUAAUUCUUCUCAAUCGUAUCUAAUCGAACAUAUUUCGUAUCUUAAAAAAGAAAACGAAGGCUUACGACAACAAUUAGAUUUAUCAAUUAGUGAGGUAACAAAAUUUCAAACAAAAUUUGAAAAAGUUUCUUUAGAUUCGCACAAAAAAGAUGAGUUUAUAAAGAAAAUGUUACGCGAUAUUGUGGGGGUCGACUUUGGUGCCACUACAAUUAAAGACUCAGAUUCAUUGUGUGAAAACAACAACGUCUAAUCCGUAUUGAAAAAAUGACUCCAUUUUUAUUUCUUUAAAAGGAAUCUUCUAGUUUUUAUAUUUUUUUGAAUUUAAAAUUCAAUUAUUACUUUCUUAUUUUACAUCCCCGUUUACUGUUUCAGUGACUAGUUGGAAAAAUAUUGUUAAAAAAAUGUGAUGUAUUAUUUAAUGAAUACAAUUAGUUUUACUUCGGUUUAAAAACUUGAAUUAAAUUUUAAUUAAAUUUAAUUAAAUUUUUAUUUAACACUUCUGCAUU